UCUCCUCUCUUUUUUCUAUGGGUGUUUACGGAAUCAUGAGAAGGGGGUGUUUUUGUUUUUCGCUAAGUUUUGAAGGGUUGAUUGCAGUAGUUAUUAGGAUGGGCAUUAGACUGUUUUCUUUUGUAAAUUUUGAUUUCUAGGUCUCUAAACUUAUUGAGUUUUGGGGUUAUCAUACUGAACCAAAUUAUACUUCCUAAUUGGGAAAUUUGUGCAUAUGUGAAAGUAAAAGGAAAGAGAUAAUGGAGCAAUCAAAUUCUAAAAGAAAGAAGAGCACAGGCCCAAAUUUGUUUGCACGAUGGAAGGAGAUUGGAAGGAGAUUUGAUGUUCGUGCGUUUCAGUAUGAUAUCCAUUAUAACAUUGCACUUCUGAAAGUUGAAUCAAUUCAACCGUUGGUGCCUGCAAUUCUGAAAGGUGUCAAAGUGAUCAAUAAAGCAGCUGCAAGAGGGGGAUUUCUUCGUCGACACUCUGACACUUUUCAUCUUUCCCAUGGAGAUGAGGUGAUAUCUGUUGGUCGGUUCUUUCAGGAACCAUAUACAGUGAUGUCUGCUCCUGGAACAUUCAGAAAUGAAUGUUGCGAUUUGGAUUGUCCGCUGAUGCUCAAAACGACCUGCAACAUCUCAAAGUGUGGUACUGGUGGACCUCUCAUUAAUGGUGAUGGAGAGGUAAUUGGCAUCAAUUUCUUUCUCGAAGAAUACACACCAUUUAUGCCUAUUAAUAUUGUUUUGAAGUGCAUAGAACACUUCGAAAAACACGGGAAAUUUGUUCGGCCUAAUUUUGGAAUCAAAGGAGCUAAUUUCUCUACUGGAACAAGUAUGCAAAUGAUGGAAAAAAUUAACCGGGCAUUUCCUGACAUAUCUACAGGAAUUCUUGUUAAAGAGGUAGUACCACUGUCCCCUGCAUAUUAUGCUGGUAUACGUGCGGGGGAUGUUCUUCUCCGUUGUGGUGGAGACAUUAUUCAGAGUGUUGUUGAGUUUGAAGUAAUUAUGGUGAAAGAUUGGGGAGGCACUAGAGAUAGAGUUGCUAAAAGAAUUCAAGUUGGUGGAGAAGACUGUGGUCGUUGAGGAGUUGAGCCCAGAUCAGUUUUACAGUUGGUGUCUUCCUAAGAAACGAUGGGUAAUGAUGGGUGAUGUCUAACUCCAGGAGACUGUUUCUCUUGUUCCCCUCAUUGUAAAAUAUUUCAGUAGUCUGUAGUGGUAAUUAUCAGGUAUGUUAAGCAGAGUUUGCACAAUUCUUAAGGCAAGGAGGAAAUGGAAGUAUGUUUAAGUAUUUUUUAACAAUUAUACCCUUACGGAUAAUAAAUAGUAAAACUUAGAAA